AUGGCUCAAACUCUGAGGUAUGACGGCCAGACCGUCGUGGUCACCGGUGCUGGAGCUGGUCUGGGAAAGCAAUACGCCCUCUUUUUUGCCUCGAGGGGUGCAAAUGUCGUCGUCAACGAUUUGGGUGGUUCAUUCAAGGGUGAAGGCGCAAGCUCAAAGGCCGCAGAUCUCGUGGUCCAAGAAAUCAAAGCGGCUGGAGGAAACGCCGUAGCAAACUACGACAACGUCGUCAACGGCGAAAAGAUCAUCCAAACCGCUAUCGAUGCAUUCGGUCGCAUCGACAUCCUCAUCAACAAUGCCGGCAUCCUUCGCGACAUCAGCUUCAAAAACAUCAAAGAUACCGACUGGGACCUUAUCACCGAUGUUCAUAUCACAGGCCCUUUCAAGACCACAAGAGCCGCAUGGCCACAUUUCAGGAAACAAAAGUUUGGCAGAGUCAUCAACACGACUUCCGCUGCAGGCUUAUUUGGCAGCUUCGGUCAGACAAAUUACUCGGCUGCUAAAAUGUCCCAGGUGGGUUUCACAGAGACCUUGGCCAAGGAAGGAAUCAAAUAUAAUAUCCUCGCCAACGUCAUCGCUCCCAUCGCAGGCAGUCGUAUGACAGCCACGGUCAUGCCUCCAGAGGUUGUCGAGUCACUGAAACCCGAGUAUAUCGUGCCAUUAGUCGCGACUCUCGUGCACAAGUCCAACACCACCGAGACCGGCUCCGUCUUUGAAGUUGGUGCUGGUCAUAUCGCUAAACUCCGGUGGCAGCGCGCAGGUGGCCUUCUUCUCAAGGCCGACUCGUCCUACACUCCUGGUGCUAUCCUGAAGCGAUGGGCCGAAGUCGGUGAUUUCACUCAACACGAAGAGGCCACCGGUGUGGCCGACAUGGUCACCAAACUCGAAGACUCGCUGAAGAUCAAGACCAACGAACAGGGCCCCGAGAUUCGUUUCGACGACAAGGUCGUCUUGGUCACGGGUGGUGGUGGCGGUCUCGGCCGCAUCUACGCAUUGGCAUUUGCGAAGCUAGGUGCCAAAGUCGUCGUCAACGAUCUCGUCAACCCGGACACGGUCGUCAACGAAAUCAAGGCCGCCGGUGGCCAAGCUGUCGGCAACAAAGCUUCGGUCGAGGAUGGCGACGCAGUCAUCAAGACCGCCAUCGACACUUGGGGUAGGAUUGAUAUCCUCAUCAACAAUGCUGGUAUCCUGAGGGACAAGGCGUUCGCCAACAUGACCGAUGAUCUCUGGCACACGAUCCUGAAUGUCCACUUGCGAGGAACCUAUAAAUGCUCCAAAGCCGCCUACCCCUAUAUGGUCAAGCAGAAAUACGGCAGGAUCAUCAACACGACCAGCACCACCGGUAUCUAUGGCAACUUUGGACAAGCAAAUUAUGCCGCCGCGAAAGCAGGUAUCCUUGGCUUCGGUCUGGCCCUUGCCCUGGAAGGAAAAAAGAACAACAUUUUUGUCAACACCAUCGCACCCAAUGCCGGUACUCAAAUGACCCGCUCCAUUCUACCCGAAGAAUUGGUCCAGGCGUUCAAACCCGAUUACGUCGCUCCUCUGGUACUCUUGCUCUGCUCCGACAAGGUUCCGGCCCCAGCCACUGGAUUGUUGUUUGAGGUUGGGAGCGGCUGGCAAACACGUACCAGAUGGCAGAGAUCUGGUGGUCAUGGAUUUGACGUCAAUGCCAACUUUACCCCCGAGGCUGUUCUGGAGAAAUGGUCCAAGAUCAUCGACUUCGACGAUGGCCGGGCUGAUUACCCCGACAACACGACCGCCACAAAAGCCAUCAUGGCAAAUCUCCAGAACACAGGAAAGAAAUCCAAGGCAACUUCGGGAGAAGACUAUCUUGCCAAGAUUGAGGAGGCCAAGAAGGCCAAGUCGAUUGCAAGCCCAUUCGACUGGGACGAUAAGGAGGUGAUCCUGUACAACCUGGCACUGAACGCCAACAAGAACCAACUGCCCUUGGUGUACGAGGGUGACGACAAUUUCCAAGUGCUGCCAACAUUUGGCGUGCUUCCACCCUUCGCCACCAAGUCACCCUUUGAGUUUGCAGACAUCCUUCCCAACUUUAGCCCAAUGAUGCUUCUUCACGGCGAGCAAUACCUGGAAAUCAGAAAAUUCCCCAUCCCAACGCUCGCAAAGACCCUCUCAUAUUCUCGUCUGAUCGAGGUCCAGGACAAGGGUAAAGCCGGACUUAUUGUGACCGGUGUUACAACCAAGGAUGCGAAGACUGGUGAGGACAUCUUCUACAAUGAAAGUACCGUCUUCGUCCGUGGCUCCGGCGGGUUUGGUGGCCAGAAGAAUGGCGCCGACCGAGGUCCUGCCACAAAGAUCUAUACCCCUCCCAAGCGCUCUCCCGACGCCGUGGUGGAGGAGAAGACUACCCCUGAGCAGGCGGUACUGUACCGACUCACAGGUGACCGCAAUCCUCUACAUGUCGACCCUGAAUUCGCCAAGGUUGGUGGCUUCGACGUACCUAUCCUGCAUGGUCUCGCCAGCUUUGGGUUUGCGGGCAAGCAUAUUUUGCAGACUUUUGGUCAGUUCAAGAACAUCAAAGUCCGAUUCGCGGGCACCGUCAAUCCUGGCCAGACGCUCAUCACGGAGAUGUGGAAGGAGGGCAACCACGUCAUUUUCCAGACGAAGAUCAAGGAAACUGGCAAGCUUGCGUUGGCAGGUGCUGGAGCUGAGCUCCGGGGAGGACCCAAGCCCAAAUUGUAA